AUGUCGGCCGGGUCAUCAAAAAUUCUGGCGAAAAAAGUGCCGCAGCAUGUUGCGGAUGUGGUGGAGGAGGUGCAGGACUGGGAGAAUCACGUCAUCAUCCGAUUCCCAGAGGAUGUAACACCAAAAAUUAGUAAGCUUUUGCCCUUCAUCAUUUGUAUCAGCAGUACUGCCACAUUAUCGCGUAGAGUUAAUAAUUUCUAG